GCCGCCGCGUCCGACUCGUUCACGCGUUCACGGUACGCCUCUUUCUCUUCUGUAUAAAAAUCCACGGCCCCCCGUCGCCUCCGCAAAAUUCCCCAAUCCCGCCGCCAGCCUCCGCACGCGCCUCGGAACCCUAGCCCCGGCGACGCCUUCGGAUCCGGCGCUCUUAUCCGGCGGAAUCGCCCGCCCGCUCCUACCCCCGGUCGCCGCGUUCCGGCGUCUCGGCUACCCGGCGUCAUCUACCCGUCUUCGACACCUGCGAUCUGCGAUCUUCCCCAGACGGCGUCCCGAGGAAUCGCUUGGUCCACAGGCUACGUCUCCAUCACCACCAAGCCAGCAUCGACGACUCGAAGGAUCCGUGCCGUCGUCGAUCGCCGAUCGCCUCUUCGUAGAUCGAAUUUGUUCAGUGAUUCUUCUCGUUCCAAUUCGUUGUAUUUCAUCUGAGAUCUGAAAAAAUUAUUCGGGCCAUCUCGAAAUAGAGAGCCCUUAUUCGUGAGAAAAAGAGACAGUACUCGCCAUCCAUCAUGGGUGUUGUGUAUUAUCAAUAUAAGAGUGAAAAGGAAAUCUGUUCUAUGCCUGUGCCCCAUGCUUUUAUCUCUGUGUCUGAACUCAAGCAGCUUAUCAUGACGAGCGGUAAGCACGGCCGUGGGCGAACCCGCGGCCGUGCCACAGAGGAUAUUGUCAUCUCCAACGCCCACACUGGCGAAGAAUAUGCAGAUGAAAGAGCAUCCGUACCACAGAACACAACUGUGCUGGUCCGCAGAAUUUCCAUUCCUGGGCAACUGUCAGAGAAGAUCGUCUUGUCCCCCACGCGGAAAGUCGCAGAAGAAUGUUCUGUACCUUGUAAGUCAGUCGUUAUUGAUUCAAGCUCAAAGUCAUGUUCCUCCACAGUAGUGCAAGAUGAAGAUGCUGCAAUUGCAGCAGUGAUUGAUGCUGCUGAACUCAAAUUGGAACAGCACCCAUCUAAAAGAGGACAAGGCAGUGGAAGGUUUACAUCAGGGCGUAACUAUGGGCCAUUGGAAGGGGAGACACCUCCACCAGGAUAUGUCUGCCGCUCUUGCGGUGUUCCAGGCCAUUUCAUUCAACACUGCUCACAGGAAAACAAGACGCCCCCACCUGGAUACAUUUGCUACAGAUGCCGAAUUGCAGGGCAUUUUAUUCACCAUUGCCCAACCAUUGGUGAUCCCAAGUUCGACAAUAAUAAAAUGAGUCGGUCUCUUGUCCCAGUAGUAACUGUCAGUCCUGUCGAUGGCAUUUUGGAUUCACUUGUCCGCACUGCCCCGGUUAGUGUUGUUGAUGACUUGCCAGCAGAGCUCCACUGCCGACUAUGUAAAAAAGUGAUGAGAGAUGCAGUAUUGACAAGCAAGUGCUGUUUUGACAGUUUUUGUGAUAGAUGCAUUCGGGACUAUAUUAUUACAGAGUUGAAGUGCAUUUGUGGAGUCAAGACACUAGCAGAUGACCUCAUUCCCAAUCACACACUUCGGAGCACAAUAAGCAAUAUGUUGGGAACACAGGCUAGCAGUGGCGGAAGUGGUACAACAAGGCACAGAAGUUCGUCAGGCAGCAACCCUGACCCCAAAAUACAGAGCGCCACUGCUUCUGCUGCCUCAGCAAGGGAGAUGAAGCAAUCUACAGACCACCAGCUACCUGCAGCAUCUGCACCUGACGAUGCGCUCCAGGUUGCCACAGGAGUUGCUCCAGUGAAGCAACCUCUAGAGAAAUUGGCAGACACUGCUAGAAUCCUUAGCAAAGAUGAAGGCAAUUCUGCAGAAUUGUCAGCAGAGAAAGCAAAUGCUGAAGCCCCCAGAGUAAAGGAUGGAAGUGAAUCAAUUUCAAAGGCCACCACUGUUUCAGGGGCCCUGAAACACAAUGUCACAAGGACAGAUCAACCAAAGAAGAAGCGGAAGAAGGCAGACUUAACUAAGAACGUUCAACCUAACAAUGUUGGCUAUGGUUACAAUGUUCCAUUUGAACCUGCAUAUUGCAAUCCCUUUAACAAUGGAUAUCCUUGGGCAACUGAACCUUACAUGUAUAGCUCAAUGGGGAUGCCCUACACCGGUUAUCCAAUGGAUCCAUAUUGUGUGAAUACUUUUACUGGCAUGCCACCGCAGGUUCUUGCAAUGCAAGGCUAUCCAGCAAGCUACCAAAGGCCUGCAACUGUGCCCAUGCAUUGUGGGGGCACUGCAGCUGCUAGGGCACUUUCAAAUCACCCUGAGAGGAGUGAGAGACCCAAUGACACUCGUGUUCAGCCCCGAUCACCAGAGCACAAGCGACAAAUGGUCUCCUCUCAUGGCUCAGAAUCAAGAACAAGGAACAGAACAAGGCCAAGCUCCGAGAGGAGGGAACAUGGGCAUUCUGACAGAGCCUCCGUUGAGGAUCACUCUAGUAGGAAGCGGAUGCGCGAUUCCUCUCCAAAGUAUGACGAUAGGCAGAGCGGCCGGAGAUCGAGACAUGGUUCCAGGGGUAUGAUGACUCGUGAGGAGGAUGCAAGCGACGAUGAACGUAAUUUCAAGAGGAGAUGGGGUCGCAGAUCAUCAGGAGGCGUGGACACAAGGCACUGAAUGGAAGAAUGUGGACUAUGGCGGACCAAGUGCAGUAAUGCAUUGCUGGUUACCAGUGCUCACCUAUGGAUUUUCUUUUACUCCUAAUUGUAUGUUUGCCCCCGAAGGCAGAGGAAAGGAGAGGGAAACUUCCGGUUCCCUGGCGAGAUGUAUUGAUAUUAGCAAUUUGUACUAAUGAUGAGAGCAUUGCCAGCUCUCUGUAAUGCAAUCUCUCCAAAUAUAUAUAGAAUUCCAAUAAGUUUCCAAGUGUUUUUUUUUUUUAAAAAAAAACUUAUUUGGUCUCCCUUUUACCCUACAAGAACCGUUUUAUAAUGUUGAUAAUAUGUAGCAAGGACUUCCCUCA